AUUCCCACAGGUGGUUCAUUUACAGGGCGUGGUUCUACAUGGAGGCAGGGAAGCCAUAGUUUGUCAGUUUCAAAAGGAACACCUGUGGUUUGUAACUCGUUAGCUUGCGGAUUUGGUUUAAUUUUGUUGGUUAUCCGAGCAGAGGACAUGGAAUCGGUAACUCAGGGAAUAAGCUCCUUGCCAAGUGGACUCGGAGUAUUUAAAACUGUGCCAGAUAUCUUCUUUAUCCCAGAACUUGUUUUCGGUGGACUGGUAUGGAUCUUGGUGGCAUCAACAAAUGUGCUUCUUACAAACCCUCAAGGAUGGGUGAUGUUUGUGUCUGUGUUCUGCUUCGUCGUCACUUUUCUCUGGUUUAUACUAUUCAUGAUCGGAGUGAAUCAGAGCAGCCCUGUGUGGACUUCACUUGAUGUGGCUUAUCAUGGAAUUGCUGCUUUAUUUUACCUGAGUGCUUCUGUUGCACAGUCCUCUGCUACAAUUCAAUUGCAGAAUGAUUUCUUUGUUUCCAAGUCCUAUCAAGAGGACAUAGCUGCAGUAGUAUGUUCCUACAUUGCCACCCUGCUCUAUGUGAUCCAUGUGGUGUUUUCUGCAUUCAGAUGGAAAACUUCAUAAAUACAUUGAGGACAAACCAAUGUAACUCCUGCUGGACUGGCUCAAAGACGUUUCUCCUGGGGGGAAAUACUUAAAGACCAUGGAUUUCCCAGCUUUAUCGCUACAUUGUAUUUUUAUUUGUUAUUGAUAAACAAAAUUAUUUGUAAUUGAAGGGUUGAUUUAAAGGUUUUUAAUGUGAAACUGAUACAUUUGUGUUGUGUUCAGAAUAUAUAAUAUAAUGUGUGUGUAUGUAUGUGGUUAAAGUGUUAACCAAUCAAAUGCAUUUCAUUUUUUAAAAAUGUUUGUGUGUAAGUUUUUGUUUUGUAGCCCAAACUGUUUGUGAGCUUGUUUUAGACACUUGGAUUGUAAGUUGCAAUAGAUGGGUAAAAUAAAGUUAUCUUGGACUUUACUUGCAGGAAUACAGUGCUCCCCUUUAUAACUAUAGUUAAGACAACCAUGCUGUCUUAUAACUGGUU